AUGGAAGCACUGCUGUCUGCAUCCCUAUCUCAUCCCAACAUCGUCCGCACACUGAAAUGGGCCUCGGUGCACGGGGAGGACCGGCUGGAACAGCCCAGGCUGCUGCUGGGGGAGACGCUGCCGCCGCCCGACAACCCGGCGCUGACGAGGAUACAGGAGCUGCGGGCUCAGGCGCAGGCGCUGGCUAAGGCGCGGCAGGAGGGGCCUCCGCAGCAGACGCAGUCGCGGCAGCAGCAGCAGCAGCAGCAGGAGCAGCAGCAGCAAGAGCAGAAGCAGGAGCGUGAAAGGCGUCGGCGACAGGAGAAGGAGGAGGAGCAGCAGCAGCAGCAGCAGCGGGAGCAGCAGCGGUGGGAGCAGCAAUACAGGGCGUCCGAGGUAGUCGUUCUGGACGACGCCGUGCCGUGCGGCGGCGCCGCCGGCGAGGCCGUCGGCGGCGGUCCGGGCGGCGCUUGCCAAGACCCUCAGACGUGGAUGGUACUGGAGUAUUGCGACAGGGGCUGCCUGCAGGAUGCUAUUGACCAAGGGUGGCUCCGCGACAGCCCCUCCUUCAAGACGGGCCGCCCCAACACCCUCGCAGUGCUCGCCACCGCGCGCGAGAUCGCGUCGGGGAUGGCGUACCUGCAUUCCCAAAACGUCAUCCACGGGGACCUGUCCGCCUUCAACGUCAUGCUGUCAUCCGCGGCCCCCGGCGCCGCGCUGUGCGGGCGCGGCUUCGUGGCCAAGGUCGCAGACUUUGGGCUGUCGCGGGUCCUGGACUGCGGCAGCAAGAUACAGACCAGCACGUACGGCACGAUGACCGCGAUGGCGCCAGAGGUGCUGUCUCAGGGCGUGAUCAGCAAGCAGGCCGACGUGUACAGCUGGGGCGUCCUGCUGUGGCAGAUGUGA